CUUUCUAGGGUAUCAAGGGACAUGAGAAAUGGGACGGUAAUCACAGAAUUCAUCCUCCUAGGCUUUCCUGUUAUCCAAGGCCUACAAACACCUCUCUUUAUAGCAAUACUUCUCAUCUACAUAUUAACCCUUACAGGCAAUGGGCUUAUUAUUGCCAUCGUGUGGGCUGUGCCCAGGCUACAAAUUCCAAUGUACUUCUUCCUUUGUAAUUUGUCUUUCCUAGAGAUCUGGUACACCACCACAGUCAUCCCCAAACUGCUAGAAACCUUUGUAGUGGCAAGAACGGUAAUCUGCAUUUCCUGCUGCCUGCUGCAGGCCUUCUUCCACUUCUUCCUGGGCACCACCGAGUUCUUGAUCCUCACUAUCAUGUCUUUUGACCGCUACCUGGCCAUCUGCAAGCCCCUUCGCUACCCCACCAUCAUGACCAGCAAACUCUGCCUGCAGCUGGUCCUGAGCUCCUGGGUGGUGGGCUUCACCACUGUCUUUUGUCAGAUGAUGCUGCUCAUCCAGUUGCCGUUCUGUGGCAAUAAUGUUAUCAAUCAUUUCUACUGUGAUGUUGGACCCAUUUUGAAAGCCGCCUGCAUAGACACCAGCAUUUUGGAACUCCUGGGUGUCCUGGCAACUGUCCUUGUGAUCCCAGGGUCACUCCUCUUUAAUAUGAUUUCUUAUAUCUACAUUCUGUUCACAAUCCUACGGAUUCCUUCAGCCACAGGCCGCCAGAAGGCCUUCUCUACCUGUGCCUCGCACCUGACAGUUGUCUCCCUGCUAUAUGGGGCUGUUCUGUUCAUGUACCUAAGACCCACAGCACACUCCUCCUUUAAGAUUAAUAAGGUGGUGUCUGUGCUAAAUACUAUCCUCACCCCGCUUCUGAAUCCCUUUAUUUAUACCAUUAGAAACAAGGAGGUGAAGGGAGCCUUAAGAAAGGCAAUGACUUGCCCAAAGACUGGUCAUGCAAAGUAAAACAUGCAACACAUCAAAAUGAGCUUAAUGCAGAUUAAAAACAAUUAAAGUUGAGAGAGGAUUUUGGAGAAGUUUGGUAAAACAGGC